CUAUUGUUAUCAUCAUACAUUUCUUACGACCCUCGAAACGUUUCAUCACUCAUGGGCUAUUUUGAUUGCAUGGGCUAUCAUGAAAGCUGCUGUUCCCUUCCCGGCGCUUUUCCUCUCAACACCAUCACGACAGGUUCACCAUGGCGAAUGCUCCCGUUGUACUUUUCCUUAUACCUGCUUUGGCCAUUUCGUUGGCUGUCACUGUACCACUGGUCGGAAUUCUUGUUCGAUUCAGAGCCAAUUAUACGCCUAAAAGUCGAAUCGCACUUAACGAAGAGAAUGCUACACCAUUAGGAUUCUUCACAUAUACAUACUGGGGCAUGGCGAGGCGGAUAUAUCGCAUUGAGGGUUGGAAAGGGUUCUUCAAGGGAUAUGCCCCUCCAUUUUUCGUCCUUCUUUGCAUUUACAUGGGAGUGGUGCCCACAGUCUAUCAACCUAUUUGCCGAGGUAUUCCCCUGAUUCACCCGACUGGCAUUAUCUGUAUCAUGGUGUCCAUCUCAUUGUCUAUGAUCCUCGAUGUUCCGUGCAGAGUGAUUCUUUAUCGGUAUGUUUUUCGCUUGCUGAAAACGCUGUGCUAAACCAUAUACUAUCAAUAAUUCCAUGGCAACCCCAUAUGAUUUGAGUGUUCUCCAUCCUGUACGGUCUUGGAAUGCUUUGCGUGCUCCGGCAUUGUCUCCUCCAGGCCUACUUGGAGCAACGGCUUUCAUUUCAGUCUUUUAUUCUGCCGCGAUUUUAGUCGGGCCCAUUAGAUAUCUCUUUCUCACCUGGGCAAACCAGUUGACGGAUCCUGUCAGCAACCUACC